AUGGAGUCAAGACUACGUUGGGCGGUUUCGUUUGUAAAAUCUGGGCAGGUACCGGACCGGGAUGAUCUCAAUGAAAGUUUGGGUAUCAAACAAACGAGAUCGAUGGUGCUGCCGGUGCAUAGUGAAUAUAGUGACUUGGAGGAUAGUGCAAAUGAUGAAAAUUUAGAACAAGAUGUGGAUAACAAUACAGCAAUGACUAUGGAUCACGAUAGCAGUUCAGAAAUGUAUGAGAAUGAAAAUGUGAGCAUGGCAGAUUCUGGAGAAGAUCUUGACGACAUUGACAGCGAAGAAUCAGUCAGUUCGUCACUGGAUAGCUCGACCAUCUUAAGGCAUAAGAAGCGUCAUCCUGUUUUACCACCAGAUGAUCUCAAUGCGUCAAAAAUAUAUGAACAGUAUGGUAUUGGGGCCUUAUUGAUGAAAAGAAUGGGAUAUGAAGAAGGGAAAGGUAUUGGAAGUGGACAAUCAGGUAUAGUUGAUCCAUUAAAUGCCAAUCCAAAUAAGGGCCGUUUAGGUGUUGGAGCAAAAGGAUCUUUGCAAUUGAGGAAAGAAAAGGGCGCAAAACUGCGAAGCUUUGAUGAUCACGAUGUUCUGGCGUCUCGAAGAUAUGGCAAUCGAAGUGUCUCAAGUGGACAGGAGGACUAUGCAUCGAAACCCAGUGAGCUUGAGGUGUUGACUUUUAACAUUUAUAAAUUGACAACGGAUUUUGGUGACUUGGGUGUCGACAUUCCAGCUCAUUUACGGGAUUGGGCAUUCUCGUUAAAGUCAUUAGCCACUGAUAAAGACAUUGAUCGCCUACGAUACAAAUACGGAUAUCUAGAAGACAUAUGGUAUGAGAUUUCUCUGUUGAAUGAAGAGGAAGAAAACUUGAAUGAUCAAUUGAAGUAUGCAGACAAUGAUGCGUUUAUAACAGCUCAAUACGAGGAACUUCUUUCCAUUGCAAAGCAAUCGGAGGAAGCGAAAAAAGAUGAACAUAUAGAGGAAGUCUUGGAGCUGUUGUUGAAGUUUCCAUUGACAGAUGACCUUGUUAAAUCAUUGGUUUUAACGAUUUCAAAGCCAAAGAUCGAUUUAUUAACCAGUAUUCCGUUGGAUGACUAUGAUCAGCAACAAGCUGUUGUUGUGCCAGCACUUAACAGAUACACCACAAUUUUGAACCCCCAAUAUGCCAUGCUGAAUGAUUUUUACGAGUACUUGCUCGACUGUUUUGAAUUAAAAUUCCAGCAAUUGUUACAAAGCAGUGAUAAUAUUGAUAAGAAUUUAACCACGGUUGCGUCAAUUUGGCUAGAUGCUGGCAACUCCAACUUGAAAGACCAUGUAUUCCAUGAGAUUGUCAGAUCUGUGAUUGUUCCUUAUUUUGAUGCUCAAGUAAACAAAUGGGACUUCUCCCCUGACACCGUUCCAGAAAACCUUUUAACACUUCUUAAGAUUUUGUGUGUCGUUGGAAUUGAUGACGAUUAUUCUGUGGGUGGAGCAGUUGAGCAUUUGGUGUCGAAAGUGAAGUCAUUUUUGGUGUUUAAGAAUCCAAGUUCAUUUUGGCAUGGGUUCUACGAUGAAUCAGUCGCAAACGCCAAAUUGCAAAUCACCUUCAUUAUGCAACACUUGGUGCCCGAAUUUGAAUCGUGUAAAAAAUCAACAAUGCAAUCGAUCCAAGAGACUUUUAAAGCAUCGUUUGCUUCAUGGGUCGAGAGCCUAACUUUCAUUGAUGUAACGCCGGCCAUGUUUGACAAUAUUCUAUACCUUUCGCUGUUCUUACCACAGGAUACAAGGUUCACCUUCCUACAAUAUUUGGUCUUCAACAAUUGGAUUGCCACCAUCAUCAGAGUUUAUAGAGCAAACCCACAUGCCAUACCCAAUUGGUAUACCACCUGGUAUCAAUUUUUCACUACGAAGUUGAAGAAAGAAAGUUCAAAGGAGAUCAUAGACCUAAUUAAAUGGUAUUUAAGUAAAGCGUUGGCCAUGAUUAAAUCAAAUUUCGACCCCAACGUUUGCAAAGAGCUUCCACAACGAGAGGGGGAGCGUUUCCCCUCUGCAGCUCAGUUGCUUAAACCCAUUGGACUACUAAAUGUGCAUGGUAUUCCUUCAUAUCGACUUCAAAUGAGGUUCCAUGAUGUUGUUUCAGACUAUUGUUUCACGAAAAACAUACAGCAAAAACAAUUGAAGCGUGUCGUUCACAACGGUUUUCCAAUACUUCGGUUCACCAAAGGUGGGAUUACUAGAUACGGGUAUAUUGAAGACGAUGUAUUAUGGGUGGGUGACUCUGAUGACUUCAACAAAUGCAAUUAUGAACCUAUUGCAGUUGACACAUUAGUAGAUCGUUUUUAG